AUGCCCUCAAUGUUUACUCUACUCUAUAUUUUACUCAUCCUUUUCUCCGUCAGGACUACAAUACUCGAAGCAGCACAAGCAAACAAGUCGGAGAUUGAUCGCCAGGCCCUCCUCUGCUUCAAGUCCGGCAUCAGCUCUUAUCCCCUUGGUAUCCUAGACUCAUGGAGCAACAACUCACUUAACUUUUGCGGCUGGAAAGGGGUCACUUGCGGCACAAAGUUUCCACCCCGGGUGGUCUCUCUUAACUUCAACUAUGCUCGUCUCAGUGGGAAGUUAUCUGGAUGCCUGGGCAACUUGACAUUUCUAUCCAGGAUGAACCUUGCCUAUAAUAAUCUUUCGGGAACUAUCCCUGAAGACUUGGGUAUGCUUCCAAACCUCCAUACACUGAAUCUUGCCGGCAGCUAUCUUCAAGGUAACAUCCCCAUUUCCUUAGGCGCUAGCAAUUCACUUAGCUAUGUCAAUCUUGGAAACAACACUCUAACAGGCGGCAUCCCUCUCUCAUUGACCAAUUGCUCCUCACUCAACACACUUAUAUUGUCACGUAAUAACCUCUCUGGAGAGAUCCCUUCUACUUUGUUUGAUAACUUAUCUAAGCUUACUAAGGUUGAUCUCCAGAAGAAUUCUUUUACUGGUCUCAUCCCACGUUUCCAUAAGGUCACAGCACUCAAAUUUCUUUGCCUGACAGAGAACUUCCUCUCUGGAAACAUACCUCUUUCAAUAGGAAAUGUUUCUUCCCUCACUUCUAUAUUGCUCGGCCAAAAUAAGCUAUCAGGAUUAAUUCCAGAAACUAUAGGUCACACUACAAAACUGCUUGAGCUUGACCUAAGUUUCAACAGUUUAUCAGGUAAUGUCCCGGUUUCCCUGUAUAACAUGUCAUCACUCAAAAACUUUAGUGUUGGCAGCAAUGGCCUUGUUGGACAGUUACCAUCUUACAUUGGUCACUCACUACCAACCCUCCGGUCCCUAAUUAUGGGAAGCAACAGGCUGGAGGGCUUGAUCCCUACUUCACUAGCCAACAUGUCAAAUCUUCAAAUGCUUGAUCUUUCAGACAACUCGCUAAAUGGCCGUGUCCCAUCUCUUGGUUCUUUGGCAAACUUGAGUCAGUUAGUUUUGGGGAGCAACUUGCUAGAAGCACAUGACUGGUCAUUUCUUACAUCUCUAGCAAAUUGCACCCAGCUUACAAAGUUGUCCUUGGAAGGGAAUGGUUUGAAUGGCAGCUUACCUGCAGCAGUUGUUAAUCUUUCCACGAGGCUGCAAGAUUUGUCGCUUGGGUCAAACCAAAUUUCAGGCUCCAUACCUGUUGAAAUUAGCAAUCUUGUUAAUCUCACAUCUCUUAGGAUGGAAAGUAAUUUUCUUUCUGGAAGCAUACCUUCUACCAUUGGAAAGCUGCAAAACCUAUAUGUCCUAAAUCUAUCAAAGAACAAAUUAUCAGGUCAGAUCCCUCCCUCAGUCGGUGACAUUACUCAACUGGGCAAGCUUUAUCUUGAUGAUAACAACUUGAGUGGAAACAUACCUGAUAGUUUAGGUCAGUGCAAGGGACUUCUUGAACUAAACUUGUCUACUAACAGCCUUGAUGGGUCAAUACCAGUCAAACUUUUUGAUCGCCCUCCACUUUCCUUGGGUGUGGACUUUUCGUACAACAAGCUCAUAGGAGAAAUACCAUCAGAAGUUGGUAAUUUGGCAAAUCUUGCUCUUUUGAAUGUUUCCAACAAUAUGUUGUUUGGAACGAUUCCUGAAGCUCUUGGAAGCUGUCUUACUUUAUUGUUCUUGCGCAUGGAGAAAAACAUGCUUGAAGGGCAAAUUCCUCAAAGUUUCAGGAAGUUGCGGUCCAUCCAGCAGAUUAAUCUAGCUCGAAAUAAUUUAUCUGGUUCAGUGCCAUACUUCUUUGGCGACUUCACUUUGUUGGACAAGCUGGAUCUAUCAUACAACAACUUUGAAGGGCAAAUUCCCUCUGGUGGAUGCUUUAGGAACUCGAGUAUGGUAGUUUUGGAUGGCAAUAAGAUGUUGUGUGCAAGAGUCUCCAUGCUAGGGCUUCGAAUUUGUGAUGACACCCAGACAAAGAACCAUGUGCCUUUGCUAAGAAUAGUAAUGAUAAUUACACCGCUAAUUGCUGGUGUGUUACUGUUAUGUUUGGUUGUCACUGUUUGGAAAAGAAGGGCGCAACUUACAUUUCCAAGGUGUAAUAAGAUUCCCGGUGUGUUAUGUUUAGUUGCCAACCGGAAGAAAAGAGAAGCAGUUGCCAACCAGAAGAUAAGAGAAGUGGUUGCAUGUUCUAACCACAAGGAGACUCUGAAGAAGAUAUCAUAUGGUGACAUUCUGAAAGCUACCAACUGGUUUUGUUCGGUCCAUACUAUCAGCUCAACCUGUACCGGAUCAGUUUAUGUCGGUAGGUUCAAGUCUGACAGGAGCCUAGUUGCUAUCAAAGUAUUCAACCUGAAUGAGCCUGGUGGAUAUGGUAGUUACUUUACCGAGUGUGAGGUGCUACGAAGCACCCGCCACCGGAAUAUAAUGCGGCCUAUGACCCUAUGCUCGACACUUGAUUCAAAAAACCAUGAGUUCAAAGCACUGGUCUUCAAGUUCAUGGUUAAUGGCAGCCUUGACAGAUGGUUGCACUCUGAGCAGCACAAUGUAAUCCCAGACAGAGUGCUAAGCUUUGGCCAGAGGAUAUGCAUAGCAACAGAUGUCGCUUCUGCUCUGGAUUAUGUUCACAACCAACUGACGCCUCCUUUGAUCCACUGUGAUUUGAAGCCACACAAUGUCCUUUUGGACGAUAACAUGACGGCACGGCUCAGUGACUUUGGCUCAGCAAAGUUUCUAUUACCAGGCCAGGUUAUUCGUAAAAGCCUGGUUGAUGUCGGAGGGACUAUUGGGUACAUAGCACCUGAGUACGGGCUGGGCUGCAAGAUCUCUGUAGGAGCUGACGUGUAUAGUUUUGGAGUGCUUCUGCUAGAGUUGCUUACCGGAAAACGACCAACCGAUGAUAUGUUCAUCGAUGGGCUCACCCUUCCCAUUUUCUCUGAAUCCAUGUUCCCUGGCCUAGUUGCGGAGAUGCUAGAUCCUCAUAUGGCGCAUGAGGAGCAUCAAGGGUGCGUAGAAGCAUGGAUGCAGAGAUAUAUUGUCCCGUUGGUUGCUCUGGGGCUGUCAUGUACUGUGGAAUCUCCAAAGGACAGACCUGGAAUGAAAGAUGUUUGUGCAAAACUUUCUUCUCUCAGAGACGACUUUCUGGAACGCCAUCAUGACGAUUGA